AUAAUGUAUUAAUAAUUUAAUAUACAUACUUCUUUGGAUCGACACAACAUGUCAUCAUAAUUAACUUUAACAACAACAAAAAAUACAUUAUGGCUUUAUAUGCCUCAGAAUAAAAUACUACAAAUUCCAUAUUUUAAUAUAUUGAGUGUGUGAUCACAAUUUUUGAGACUUUCUCCUCGCGCCUACCAGACUUGGAAUUUUCUAGUCAUUUCAACUGACCUGUUAAACUCUAAUCUGAGCCGUCACUUUAAUCUCAUCUACUCAUCUCAACCGUUAAAAAUCUCCUUUACCCCGACCCACACGAACCUGUCGACAAAAAUAAAUAAACCUUUCUUCAAACUUUCCCGGAAGAUCACUAGAAACCUCCAAUGAACCAUCCAAGACCACGACCAAAUCAUUCUCUCUUUACUAAUAAUUAUAUAAACAUUUUGAUGUUUACUUCUUACUUCUUACCCACUCAAAAUAGAUGGCGAGCUUGAGCACGAGCUUGCUAGGGAUAAGACGAGGGUUGAGUAACAAGAACAAGGUAGAUCAUCAAGAUAAGACCAAAACCGCGGUGUUUUGUAAGAAGCAUCCGAAGCAUAGACAAUCACCUGGUGUUUGUUCUCUUUGUCUUAACGAGAAGCUCUCUCUUUUUAUGAAAGCAGCUUCUUCACGUGGACGACCAAGAUCUCUCUCUUCAUCAUCAACUAGUUCCUCUCUUUCUUCUUACUGUUCUUCAUCUGUCUCUUCUUGUCCUUCUCCUCUUCUUGAUGGCCGACGAUACUUGGUAGUGGAAGGAGGCAGCGGGAGAAGAGAAAAAGGGGUUUCGUGGAUGACGAAAAGCCGAUCUGUUGCUUAUAAAGUUGAUGAUGAGAAGAAGAAGAAGACGACCAAAAGUGGUUUCUUUUAUGGUUUGGUAAUGGGAAACAAGAAGGGGAAAUAAAGAGAGUGUUGUAGAUUUGUUAGAUAUUAGAUUGUUCUUGAUUGAGUAAUUUUUAUGAAUGCGUUUCUUGAUUCUUUCAUUUUUUUAUUGGUUGCUACAUAUAUCUAGAUCAUGACUAGAUUAGUUUAGUUUUUUUUGGUACGUGUGCAAGUGAGAGAGAUUAUUCUCUGUUAACAACGAUAUGAGAAUGAGAAAGCAAAACUAAAUACAUAAUUAACGAGGUUGCAAA